GAACUGCCUUUCAAAAUGCAUGACUCCCAUAAAGAUGACAGGUCUUACCGUAGGAUUUCUAUGAUUGAACCGAAACCUACCACUGACUUCAAUCGGUUCUUGCCCAACAAAAACAAGCAGACGGCGUAUGUGCCAGCACCCUUAAGGAAGAAGAGGACCGAGAAGAAUGAGGACAACAGGAGGAGCUGGGCAAGUCCUGUCUUCACUGAGUCAGAUGGAACAUUUUCAAGUGGACGUGAAAGGAAUCCUGUAGCUUCCUGCCAAAAUAGCAGAGCAGAGUGUGGGCUCACAAACCCAGCUUCCCUCCAGAUGAUCUAUGAGAGUGACUCUGAUUCAGAAGCUGAAAGAAGGCUGCCUGACGUGGUUAUGGAUGACUUAGCAAAACGUAGAUUUCUAGUCAAAAAGAGCCCUGUAAGCUCUGCCGCACCUGGACAUCAUUUCGUGUUGCGCAAUGACUCUCCUAAAUCUUGCUCACAAGAAAGUUAUCCAGCUGGUCCACUAGCUGCAAUGCUUGAACCACUGAGUAACCAGAGGAGGCAGAGGCAGUUGGAUACUAAAGAGGAAAACAAACCAAGAGUUAACAUUCCUUCAGAAUUAUCUGGGUAUUUUGAUGAGGAUGAGGAAGAAGAAAUAGGCAUUCCAAACAUUGAAAAAGAUGAUCUCUAUUUUCGCAAGCUAAGUUCUUCAGCGGCAAAUACAGUGGUUGCUUUUGACAAAUUUCUUCCUAAGUUUUGGACUCCAGAAGAAGAGUUGCUGUGGAAAAAAAUCAGGAAAUCCUCUUUCAAACCCUGGUAUAAAGAGAUUCAAGGGUUCAGUAGAAAGAAAUCGGAUUCUGAGGAUGAGGAAUUUGCUUACAAACAAAGCUCUGCCAUUGUUGCUAAUCAACCAAGACCAAAUUUUGACUGGAACAGCAGUUGCAGAAGGGAUCAGAGCUAUAAACCAACUGCUGAAUAUGUGGGAAGCUCAUUGUCACAGAUUGCAGAAGGAAAAAUCUUGGAGGCUUCUGAUCAGCCCAGUCAGUUUUCGUUACUUCAGGCCCUGCAAAAAUACACUGACUACUUGUCUUCUGAAACGAAGACCAAAAUUGAUCCUACUUCUGGCCCUAGGCUCGUAAAAUGUAGAAAGAAUAUUUCCUUUGUACCAGGAUGCAAGCAAGGAGAUGCAGAAAAUGGAUAUCUAUAUCCUGAUUUAGAAAACGAUGACUUGUUCGUUCGGAAAACUGGGGCUUUCCAUGUGAAUCAAGUUGUUCUCCAAGACCCCCGGUAUUUAAAAAAAUUCUCUGAGCAGGAACCUCCCCUAGAGGGUGAGAUAAUUCUGCAACCCAGAGAGGGCCAACCUGUGAUUCCAGAUUUGGAAAAAGAUGACAUGAUUUUCCGUAAAAUCCUCUCUCAGAAAAAAGAGGUGCCUUUAUCAGGUGCUCCAGACAAGUAUCACCCAGCACUCUUUUUUUUUGAUCCAUGGAGUCUUCCAGAGGAGAUCCGGUCCAAAUUUCUAUGUUUACUUGAAAAAAACACAACACCGGAGGAAAGAAAGAGCAACGGCAGAGUGCUGUCGCCAUCUUCCCGCCAUAAGAAGGACGAUAUGCUGACCCGCAAGAUUGAAUCUUGGAAGGCGGGAAGCAACGUCCAGCCAGUAAAUUUCAUCCCUGGUCCAUGCAGUGAAGAAGACUGGAAGAAGUGGGAAGCGAUCAGGGAGGCCAGCAAAGUUAGACACAAGAAACGGCAGAUGGUGGAGAGACUGUUUCAAAAGCUUUCAGAUGAGCAAGGGAGUAAAUCUUUGAAUGAUGUCAGCGCAGAGGAGCUGCAGUCAUUGCGCAAAAUCCGUUAUGAAGAGCUACAAAGGAUAAAAGAACAGUUACAAGAACAAGAUCUAAAGUGGCAGGAAGGAAGGACGGAUCUAGCUAAAUGGAAGAAUCGUAGAAAGAGCUUCACUUACGAAUUGCAAAAGAAAAAGGAAGAGAGAGAAGAAAUAGAAAGGAGAGCCUCUGAGGUGUCUGAAAGGAGUAACAAGUCACUGAAAGAAAUGCAGCAGGAGAGGGAGGACAGAGAUCAAGACUCCUACGGGCAGCGAAAGCAUGAACGCAGAUGGACGUAUUCGCUGAAUGAUGACGUGUUUAGUGAAGAAAAAGCACCUUCCACACAGUCAGCCACAAAAGAUUACCUUUUGGAAGAAGAUACCUCCUACAGCGCUAAGCACAGCAAAAGUGCGGAUGCCGUACAACCGCGCAAGGAGAACCUGCGGAAGAGCUCGGCCGCUUGUGAAGCUCCCGCUCUGCCAGAGAGCCUGGCAGAGGAGCAGAGCUCGGCUCUUUUGUCUGCCCGCUACUCGGUGAAUGCUCAAACUGGGUCAGCUCAGGUUUCAGCUUCUCUCCCCAGAAGUCACCAGAAAACUGAUAGCUCUAGGUUAACAUCUGUGGUUACACCAAGACCUUUUGGUGUCCACUCAAGAGGAAUCUCGUCACUUCCACGGUCGUUCACGAUGGAUGAUACCCAGAAGUACAAUGGAGAAGUAGAAAAAACUAAAAGAACUCAAACUUUGUUCACUAGCAGUUCAUUUUCACAACCAGACUCUGCACACCCUCUCUCCGCUAGAUCGUUCAGCAGCAGAGGUGAGGAGGAGGAGGAGGAAAAAGAAGGUGUUCACUCAACACCUCCUCCGAGUUUGGCAUUACCUGUAAAAUCCCAAGACCAAGAUGCUGGAAGCAGUAUUCUUAAACCAGAGUAUUGCUCUCCUCCUGAUUCUCUUUCACUUGCGUCUUCUGCAGAAAAUGUGAGUCUGCCGGAGCCUGAGGAUUCAAAAUCCCUGGAACAGUACAGUGAAAUGAGAAUCAGUAUAAACCAGAGACCUGGCCACGGUCGCAGCUUUGGGUUUACAACGAACUGGAGUUCUUCAGGGGCCUUUGUACAGACAGUUGAAGAAGGUAGCCCUGCAGCACUUUGUCAGCUGCAUGUAGAUGAUGAGAUCAUUGCUAUCAACGGCACAAAGGUUUCACAUAUGGACUACAGUAAGUGGGAAGAAGCUAUCGGCAAAGCACUAGAAACUGGAAACCUGGUCAUGGAUGUCAGACGAUAUGGAAAGAAUGACUGGGGCAAAGACCAGCCUUCCCUGCCACGUGUAAGGCAUAAAAUCCUCAAUCUCACCAGUAUGGCUACCAACAUUAUAGGUACAUCUGAAAAUAAAUGGAUUGAUGCAACUUCUGGAGAACAUGCUUCAAACGUUUCCACCGUAUCAACAAAAAGAGAUUUCUCCAGCAGCCUUCAAAGUUCUGAUACAGAAACAAAGUUGAUAAAUGGAAUGCAAGGAGAUCUUGUCUCUAGCGAACAAAGAGCAUCUGAACCUAUUUCUUUGAAAAACUUAAAAAGACGGUCACAGUUUUUUNUCACAGGAGGCCCAGAGCCUGCAAUGCCUGAUCUCCCAGUCCCAUCCAUCACUGCUCCUAGUCGUCGGGUUUGGGAUCAAGAAGAAGAACGAAAACGACAGGAAAAAUGGCAAAAGGAGCAGGACCGUUUAUUGCAGGAGAAAUACAAACGAGAACAAGAAAAACUGAGGGAAGAAUGGCUACGAGCUAAGCAAGAAGCAGAAAAAGAGAGCUCCAAGUAUUUUGAUGAGGAGCAGACUGUUCUAACCUUAAACACAACGUCUGUCCCUGCACGGGCUCCAUCUGUGUCCAGCUGGAGAGCAAGCCCUGAAGCAAAUACUCCUGAGGAACCAGAAGGCGAUGGAGAGAGCGAGCUGGAGGCACGCUUGCUGGGCGAGGAAGAAGAAAGGAGGAGGCUUCAGGAGGAACAGAAGAUCCGGGAAGAAGCAGCCCUGCGUUUUGAGCAGGAAAGGGAACUCCAAGAACUGGAGCUUGAGAGGCAACGUAAAGAGAGGGAGCAGCAAUAUGCUGAGGAGCAGAGGCAGCGAGCAGAGAUGGAGGAGCAGAGGCGCCAGGCUGAAAGGCAGAGGGAGGUGUCAGUGGAGACACCUCAGUACCAAAGACAUUAUGAGCGCUAUGAAGUAUCUAAAACAAUAGAGGAUCGAGCUGGCCAUCCUCUCAUUGACAGGCAUUAUGAGCGUUAUGAAGUUUCCAAAACCAUUGAGGAGCAACCUGGCAAGUCAUUUGCUGACAGGGAUAAGUCCAAGUCGACUUCAGAACUGAAUGAAUUCAACACAGUCAGAAAUGGUACCCAGAGCAAGUAUUCGGAGAGGUCUUGGAACGCGGGCGAGUCACAGAAGAAAUCUCAGAAGGAGCACAACCUGUCUGCGGCAGAGUUGGAGAGACAGCAAAUCCUUCAGGAAAUGAGAAAGAAAACAUCUCUACACACAGACAGCAGCUGGAUUAGGCAGCGCAGUUCCAGUAUACAUAAGGAGCCUAUUAGUCUGUACAGCAAUAGUAUGAGAAGAGGAGAGUCUUUGGACAACCUCGAUUCUUCAAGAACGAGCUCGUGGAGGCACCACUCGUGGCUGAACCAGUCUGCCUCCUCGUCAUCUCUGUCCUCUAGUCAAGACUUCAGUCGCCCGGUGUCCACUUCAAACCGAGCCUACAUGUGCACUCCUUCCUCCAGCAAAGCACCUUCUGCGGCCGCCUCUGCAAGAGCCCCCUCUGUGUCCCAGGCAGCCCCCCAGGCUCAGUCUCCCCUCUCUGCUUCCCAGCCAGGGUCCCAGACACGCAGCAGGUCAGUCAGUGGGAAGAAAAUCUGUUCAUACUGUAAUAACGUUCUGGGCAAAGGAGCAGCCAUGAUCAUUGAAUCUCUUGGUCUUUGUUAUCAUUUACAGUGCUUUAAGUGUGUUGCCUGUGGAUGCGACCUCGGGGGAUCCCGCUCAGGAGCUGAAGUUAGGAUCCGAAACAACAAACUCUUCUGCAACGACUGCUAUAUCAGAUUUAAAAGUACAAGUUCAGGAGGAAUUGAUUUACUUACAGAUCUUAAUUAA